UGCGCAGAGCCGGCCGGGAGGGGGCCAGUCGCAGCCUCCUGCUCUGCGGCGCCUCUAGCUUUCUCCAGGUGGCGCAAAACUUUGCGCCUUCGGAUUUGGCAGAGCCCUGAUGACGCAGUGGUUAAGCGCUGGACUGCUAACCAAAAGGUCGGCGAUUCGAACCCAUUCAGACGCUCUGCGGGAGAAAGAUGUGGCAGUCUGCGUCCUUAAAGAUUACAGCCUUGGAAAUCCUAUGGGGCAGUUCUGUUCUGUACUAUAAGGUCGCUAUGAGUCGGAAUCGACUCAACGGCAGUAGGUUUGGUUUUUUGGUUUAUUCUUCCCCACCACAGCCUCUCCCGGCCUCUUAAGGAGGCCAAGGCCGGAUUUCUCGGCGGCGGGGGGCCAAACCCUAGGCUUCGCACCCCAAAAUCCCGGGAGACGAACUCGGCAGGCAAUAUGCAGCUCGGUCACCAAGCUGCCGCGAUGCCCCUCAACGUCAGCUUCGCCAACAGGAACUAUGACCUGGACUACGACUCAGUGCAGCCGUAUUUCUUUGACGAGGAGGAGAACUUCUACCAGCAGCAGCAGCAGAGCGAGCUGCAGCCGCCAGCGCCCAGCGAGGAUAUCUGGAAGAAAUUCGAGCUGCUGCCCACCCCACCCCUGUCCCCAAGCCGCCGCUCCGGGCUCUGCUCGCCCUCCUACAACCUGGCCUUCGCCUCCUUCUCCCCGGGAGGAGACGACGGCGGCGGCGGCAGCUUCUCCACCGCCGACCAGUUGGAGAUGGUGACCGAGCUGCUGGGGGGAGAUAUGGUGAACCAGAGCUUCAUCUGCGACCCGGACGACGAGAACUUCAUCAAAAACAUCAUCAUCCAGGACUGUAUGUGGAGCGGCUUCUCGGCCGCGGCCAAGCUGGUCUCCGAGAAGCUGGCCUCUUACCAGGCUGCGCGCAAAGACAGCGGCAGUCCGAGCCCCGCCCGCGGCCACGGCGGCUGCUCCACCUCCAGUCUGUACCUGCAGGACCUGAGCGCCGCUGCCUCCGAGUGCAUCGACCCCUCGGUCGUCUUCCCCUACCCGCUCAACGACGGCAACUCGCCGAAGCCCUGCGCCUCGCCAGACUCCACCGCCUUCUCUCCGUCCUCGGACUCUCUGCUGUCCUCCGCGGAGUCCUCCCCUCUGGCCAGCCCCGAGCCCCGGGCGCUCCACGAGGAGACACCCCCCACGACCAGUAGCGACUCUGAGGAAGAACAAGAAGAUGAGGAAAUUGAUGUCGUCUCUGUGGAAAAGAGGCAGCCCCCUGCCAAAAGGUCAGAAGCGGGAUCGCCCCCUACUGGAGGCCACAGCAAACCUCCUCACAGCCCGCUGGUCCUCAAGCGAUGCCAUGUCUCCACUCAUCAGCACAACUAUGCAGCCCCACCCUCCACCAGGAAAGACUACCCCGCCACCAAGAGGGCGAAGUUGGACAGUGGCAGAGUCCUGAAACAGAUCAGCAACAACCGCAAAUGUACCAGCCCCCGGUCUUCGGACACCGAGGAGAACGACAAGAGGCGGACACACAACGUCUUGGAACGCCAGAGGAGGAACGAGCUGAAACGGAGCUUUUUUGCCCUUCGAGACCAGAUCCCAGAGUUGGAAAACAAUGAAAAGGCCCCCAAGGUAGUCAUCCUUAAAAAAGCCACAGCGUACAUCUUGUCCAUCCAAGCAGAGGAGCAAAAGCUCAUUUCAGAAAAGGACUUGUUGCGGAAACGGCGAGAACAGUUGAAACACAAACUUGAACAGCUACGGAACUCUUGUGAAUAAGUUGCUUAGCGGAGGAACUGGAAUCACUCUCUCACUUGUUACUAAGGGAAAGUAAGGGAAAAGAUUCCUUCUUGCAUCAACUCAUCACGAAUGAACUUAGUUCAAAUUCAAAUGCAUGGUCAAAACAACCUCACAACCUUGGCUGGGUCUUGGAACUGAAAGGUCUAGCUGUAGUGGAAACUGCCUCAAAUGGGACAUUGGGCAUAAAAGAACUUUUUUUAUGCUUGCCAUCUUUUUUUUUUCUCUCUCUCUUUUCUUUAACAGAUUUGUAUUUAAGAAUUGUUUUUAAAAAAAAUUCUAAAGUUUACCCAAUUUUCCUGUGUAAAUACGGCCAUUAAAUGUAAAUAACUUUAAUAAAACGUUUAUAGCAAUUAUGCAAGAUUUCAAACCAUGUAUUAUAAACCAUAAUUUUUUUUUUAUUUAAGUACAUUUUCCUUUUUAAAGUUGUUUUUUUUUUUUCCUAUGGUUUUUAGAAAAAAUAAAAUGCCUGGCAAAUAUAUAAUUGAGCCAAAUCUUAAGUUGUGAGUGUUUUUUUGUUUCUCUUCUUUUUUUUUCAACCAUUUCCUUUUCAUCAAUUACAAAUUAACAGAAUUUAACUGUUAAGAAGGGUGAGUGGGCUUACAAAGAUGGCGAAAGAAGUUAUUUUAGGAAAGACCAGGGCUUUUUCUUUGUUAAAAUGGGUUGGGGGAAGGGAGGCCUUAAAGCCUUUUAAGUUCUAUGGGUAGUAAGAUGCUUCCUGGAGAUUAGUGAUAAGGGCCAGUGUUGAUACUUAAAGAAUGAAGGGGCAUGAGAAGGCUGGUCAGAGGGUUAGAGGUAGGAAAAGUUGCUGGAAUAGGUGAAAGAUAACAGUUAAGUAUACAAAGGGGGAUAGAGACCAGGGGUGGGGAGAAAGGUGAAGAUGGAAAUCCCUUCAGCUGGGUUAACCCACAGCAUUCCUUGCUGAACUCAAGCCCAGGAAUUCUGCCCAGGGAGUUGGUGGCAGAAGGGUAGGAAUUCAUUGCCUGCCUGCUUGGGUUAUCUCAAGCUCACAGCAGCUCUGGGAGGAAUGUUAUUACUAACCCUGAUUUACAAACAAGGAAAUAUGGAAGCUUAGAGGGGUUUUUUGUAACUUAUCUGAGGCCACACAGAUAGUAAAAUGUAGAAACCGGGUCCUAUGUUUGUUGGACUGGGAUUACUUAACAAUUCACUAUUAUGCUUUAGCUCAUCCUGUGUCAGCAGUGCUGAGGUUAGGAAUGCUUUUGGUCUUUGGGCCUGAUAGACUGACUCUAGUAAUAAUAAUAUCAAACCCUAGUUAUGUGCUGGGCACUACUUAAGACAUUUAUAUUGAUUCCACAGCAAUCCUAUGAUUUACCCAACAUUGCAGAGGAGGAAACAGGCAAAGAAUUUGCCCUAGAUCCCCUACUAGCAAAAAGUAGAGCUAGGACUCAAACCUAGGCUGCCGUUAACCUAUGCUAGACUGUCUCUCAAACAAGCCAAUGGGGAUGCUCCAAGCACAUGGGGUCACCAGUAAUUACGACUAAGUUUUCAACAUUUUGAUGUGGUCAGACGUCAGUUCCCACUUUUUUCAUGUUUGUUUAUUUUGCUUUUUAUUUGGUUGGUCACGGUUUAAUUUUUCUUUUCACCUUAAAGAAGCCCACUGCUCGUUCAUUCCUACCUUAGACAUUUGUUAAAUGAGAUUCACUGACUGCUCCUGGUAAGAAGCCAGUUUGGAAAUGCUACUGUGCAAAGCAUAAAAUAAAACAUACCUACUCUUUGUCAUGUGAGUCAUUAUUUUGGGAACUACCAACUCCCCUUCUGACCACUUUCACACACACACACACACUCCUGACGCCAUUGGUCUGUGAAGGCAUUUUUGGAUGAAGUUACUAUUAAUUAUAAUCUCUGAGAACCCACAGCCCGAUCCAGAAACUAGUUUGUAAAUGGAAGAUAAAUAGAAGUUAUUACCUCUGUUCUAAUUACCUCAUUGUCUCUUUCUUUGGAAUAGUAAUCCACCAUCACCACCACCCAGAAGCCAAUAAAUAAUUAAUGUCUUUGGCUCUGAUCCUUAGGGUAAUCUGUUCAAGCCCUUGAUGCCUUUUUCUUGAUCUCUUUUUUGGAUUCUGAGUUCUACCCUAAUAGCUUCAAGCUGUUACACACUGUAUCCUAAAUUCAAAGGGAAAUACCAUCUACAGAAGUUGAGCAGUUCAAAGUGUUAGAGGAGUGGGGGCAACCCAAAAGUUCCCUCUGUGCCCCUUUGUGGCCCAGGCUGGAGUGGUGCCCUGGAGUGACUCAGUUGGGAACACAGAAGAACCACUGAGUCUGGGCAAGCCCUUGGAAUGGGAGAGCGCGUUCCCCACUAGGAAAACAACUUCCCAUUCCAAAUCAUCAGAAAACGACGUUGGAGAUGUGAAGCUUGGCUGAGGGGAUGGGUGGGAACCAUUCCAACUACCUAUUAGGCUCCUCUUCGCUUUACACAGCCAGAGCAUGGUCUGAAAACAAGGCAGAUGCCAACUCUUUACCAGAAAGUCAGGCUGAUCUUGACUCCAACACGAACUGGCCCUGACAGCCCAUCCAGAGUCCCAGGGGUCGCGGGUGUUGUGCAAUCUAUGUUGCAGAUGAGUAUAAUCAAGAGUUUGGGGGGAGGAGCUUGUGAUUUGCUCAGGAGUAGACAGGGCAGGAAAAAAAUAAGCUAAGAGCGACUGAGCUUCUUACCCAUGACACUGUUCUGGAAUUAAUGACUACUCCAGGGGAUUCCUGGGGGUGGUUUUAUUUAGGGAUGGAAUGUAUAAAGAGGAAGGAAAUGUUAUUUUAUGCUGCCAUGUUGAAGCCACAAAGGAGAUCAACGUUAUAAAAACAAUCCGAUUUUAAAAUGAACAAAGUUUUCACAAUCCCUGCCUAAAUACUUAGGCUGUGCACAGCUUGGACAUGGAAGCAGAGUUCCCUACUGGUCUUUAAGACAAACUGUGGCUCAAAACUUGGGAAGGAGGGCAAAAAAAUUGCCUUAAGGGGUUUUCUGAGGUUUGUUGGCAAGAACUUAUACAACUGGCUCACUCAAUAAUUAUUUUUUAGUAUACACACUGAGGGCCACUGAAGCAUUUCUCUCCAAUAAUAAAUAAUCCGUAGGCUUGAAAAUGCUGACGGGUGUCCCCCAAAACUAUCUGUAAAUGAACUAGGUCACUUUACAAAAGGCUCCUCUGACAUUAUAGACCAUCAUAAGCCUAUUUUAAAGGAGACCAAACCCAAGCCUAUAGCCAUCUAGGCAAUUCCAACUCAAAACAACCAACCCUAUAGGACGGAGUAGAACUGCCCCAUAGGAUAUCCAAGGUUGUAAUCUUUACAGGUGUAGACUGCCACAUCUUUCUUCCGUGAAGCAGCUGGUGGGUUCCAACUGCCGACCUUUAGGUUAGCAGCUGAGCACUUAUUCGCUGUGCCACCAGGACACCUAGUUCAAAGGGAAGGAGGGCAGAAACAAAGCCAACAGGAUGAGAACAGGGACCUGUUUUAAAAAGAAAUAACACAAACAAGACUACCACCCACCACUAAAGCCAUAGCAAUAACCUUGCUUUGCUCCAGCUCCUUCCGGGGAGAAUUUAGAUUAAUUCUAAUUUUAGAGGAAACAUCAGGAAUAUGUGCUUUGUCAAACUGGUUCAAGGUGACUCUAAAUGACUCUGAGUUGACUUUGCAUUUUGUCUUGAAUUUUAUUUCACUCAGUAUUGCUGUUGUUGUGUGCCCAACUCGAUGAGUGGAUUCCCAGUGACCCUGUAUGACAGUAGAACUGCCCCACAGGCUAUAAUCUUUAUGGGAACUCUACUCUAAACUCUUUAGGAAGACACAGUUGUGGGGGACAAGUGUUAAUGGAAUGGAGAUCUUCUGCGGUUGAUAGGAAAGUUGUUUGUUUUUAAACAAAGCCUGGGGGUUAGCCCCGAUCCCCAACCUUUUCUUCCUAUUGUCACCCUGUCAGCCCAUUAAGGCAUAAACACUCCAAUGUAGUCAGGGGUCUAUAGGGGUGCAAGAGAGGAGAGCUUGGGAAGUGAUCACUGAUAUUUAUUACACAUCUGUGUGCCGCCACUGUCAGUUUAUUGUACUGCGGUGGCUUGCAUAUUGCUCUGAUUCUAGAAGCUAUGCCACCAGAAUUUCAAAUACCAGCAGGGAUCACCCAGGGUGGACAGGUUUCAACCGAGCUUUCAGACUAAGAAGACUGGGAAGAAAGGCCUGACAAUCUAGUUUCAAAAAUGCCAGUGAAAACAUUAUGAAUCAUGACAGAAUAUUUUCCAAGCACUCAAAGUACACAGUGGCUGCGUCAAUGGACUCAAGCAUACCAACGACCGUGAAGAUGGCUCAGUUACACAUACAGUUGGAGACAACUCAGUUGCAACUACCAAGAACAAUGUGUCAGCUCCCCCCCCAUCUCAUUUGAUUGUCACAACAGGCCAGCUAGAGAGCAAUUAUUGGCAGGGACAAUACUGACCUUUAGAAAAAUUAAAUAACUCACCCAGACUAAAGGGGCACAACAGCCCUGGGGCAAGGACUAGAAGGCAGGAGGGGAUAAGAAAGCUGGUAAUAGGGAACUCAAGGUCAAGAAGGAAGAGUGUUGACACGUUGUGGGGUUGUUAACCAAUAUCAUAAAACAGUAUGUGUACUGUUUAAUGAGAAACUAGUUUGUUCUGUAAACCUUCAUUUAAGUGCAAUAAAAAAAUGAAUUACUGAACAAAUACGUAAUAAAAUAUGAGGGCUUCGCACAGAAAAAUAAAAUAAAUAAAUGACUGCCCCAAAGUCAUGCAAACAGCAACCCUAAAAAAGACAAAAGUAGCAGUUAAUGUUUCCUUUGUGCUAAACUGCCUUACGUGCAUUAUUUUGUUUCAUCCCAAGAGCAAUACAAGGUAAACUCUAUUCCUAAUCCCCAUUUUACAUAUGAGAAGCCUGAAACACUGAGAGAUUAAGCAACUUGUCUGCAUUCAUAGAAAGGACAAAACAGUAAAAACAGAAAUUACUCAUUCUUCCAUAAAUAUUUAUUGAGCACCUACUGUGUGCCCACCUUGUGCUGGGAGUGACAUUAAACAUGUAGUUAUACAAAUAAUUAGCUAAAUUCAAGGGUUCAGAGUAGUGGAAUGAGUAAGUACAAAGUGCUGUGGGGGUGUCUGACGACCUAGAGGUUGGGCUUUGUCUUGGUUAUCUAGUGCUGCUAUAACAGAAAUACCACAAGUGGACAGCUUCAACAAAGAGAAAUUUAUUCCCUCACAGUCUAGUAGGCUACAAGUCCAAAUUCAGGGCAUCAGCUCCAGGGGAAGGCUUCCUCUUCUUGGCUCUGGAGGAAGGUCCUUGUCAUCAAUCUUCCCCUGGUCAAGGAGCUUCUCAGUGCAGGGAACCCAGGUCCAAAGGACACACACUCCUGCUCUUCAUUUUUGGUGGUAUGAGGUCCUCCACUCUCUGCUUGUUUCCUUUUCCUUUUAUCUCUUAUAAGAUAAAAGUUGGUGCAGGCCACACCCCAGGGAAACUCCCUUUACAUUGGAUCAAUGAUGUGACCUUCCCCCAGAGCCAACAGAGAAAGAAAGCCUUUCCCUGGAGCUGGCACCCUGAGUUUGGACCUCUAGCCUCCUAGGCUGCAAGGAAAUAAAUUUCUCUUUGUUAAAGCCAUCCACUUAUGGUAUCACUGUUAUAACAGCACUAGAUAACUAAGACAAUGGCCUAGGCAAGAGGACACAUAUUUUGAGGAGACACAAUUCAAUUCACAACAUUGGGGACGGUGAAUGGUAUGAGAAAGCAUGGGCAUGAGUUAGGCAGGCCAAAUAUUCUCAGACCCUGCCGUGGAAGAGAGCAAUACACGCUCAGGGAACCAUGAGCAAACUAGAAUUCAAGGAGCAGAAAGAACGAGGGGGAAGAAUGUCCCUGGGUGAGGCCAGAUCAUGAAGGGUUUAGACUGUUGUCUGAGGCCAGAAUCCACAGUGAGGAAGGCCAUGGUACUUCCACCACAUUUGUCUGAAUCCUCUGGUCAUGGGGUACUAUCACCAAGGCCACAGACUGUGGUCAAGUGGAGAGUCAUGGUGCUGACUGCAGUACACUAGAUUUUCUGCACUGCCAUAAUUUCCUCCAGGCCUCAGUUUCCUUGUCAGUAACCCAGGUCAGUAGACCUGGACCAGGUCAUCAUAAACAGUGUGGUCUUUCCAACUGAGGUAUAGCAAUAACAAUAAAAAUAGCGGCAAUCCAAAACCAAAACCAAAUCCACUGCCAUCGUGUUACUUCUGGCUCAUAGCAACCCUCUAGGUCCGAGAAGAACCGCCCCAUAGGGCUCCCAAGGCUGAAAUCUUCGCAGAAGCAGACUGCCACAUCUUCUGUGGAGGGGCUGCUGGGUUCAGACCGCCUACCUUUCGGUUGACAGCCACCAGGGCUCCAUAGCAGCAAUUCUAAUAUUUUUAUCCUUUUUUUUUUAAUUGUGCUAAAUAUGUACGUAGCAAAACAUUUGCCAUUUCAGCACUCCUCACGUGUGCACUUCAGUGACAUUAAACGUGUUCAUCGUGAUGUUCAACCACCAGCAUUCCCGAAUUUUCCCAUCAUGCUCGGUGAAGUACAAGGUCAGCUACUUCCAAAAAGUAGCCAAUGAAAACCCUAUGGAUAUUGUUUAUGAAUGUUGUCCGAUAUAGUGCUGGAAGAUGAGUUCCCUAGGUUGGAAAAAAAAAAAUUUUUUUUUUUUUUUUAGGCACUCAAAAUACACAGUGACUGCAACAAAGGACUUGAGCAUACCAAUGAUCGUAGAGAAGGUCCAGGACUGUUGUUAUGCCCAUUCACCCUUAACAGAAGCUCAGUGUCCUCUAAGUGUUGUGUCUUUCUUUCCCCUCCCUUCUGCCCACUCUCGGACACCACUAAUAAACUUUGAUCUCUGCAUACUUGCCUAUUCUAGACAUUUUAUGUAAGUGGGAUCACAUGAUAUCUGUCCUUUUGUGACUGACUUGUAUCACUCAGUAUAAGGUUCACCCAUGUUGCAGCAUUCAUAGGGCCUUCAUCUCUCUUUAUGGCUGAGGAAUAUUCCAUUGUAUAUACGUACCACAUUUUGUUUAUCCAUUCCUUCGUUGAUGGCCAUUUAGGCUGUUUCCACCUUUUGGUCAUUAUCAACAGCGCUGCAAUGAGCAUCGGUGUACAAGUACCUAUUUGCAAGCAACGCUAACACUUGCUGAGCAUUUACUGAAUGUUUUCUAUGUGGCUGGUACUGUGCAAACAGGAGCUCCUGGUGGUGCAGUCGUUAAGCACUAGGUUGUUAGCUGAAAGGUAGGUGGUUCGAACCUACCACCUGCCCCGUGGGAGGAAGAUGUGGCAGUCUGCUUCCGUAAAGAUUUACAGUCUUAGAAAGCCUAUGGAGCAGUUCUAUCUUGUCCUAUAGGAUUGCUAUGAGUCAGAAUAGACUCAACAGCAAUGGGUUUGGUUUUGGUUUGGUCUGGUACCAUGCAAAACACUUGUCUUACACUGGGUUCUCUGGAGAAGCAAAACCAGUAAUAUGUAUAAAUAUAUAAAAUAUACUAAAAAAUAAUAAAUUUAUAGAGAGAGGUUUAUAUUAAGGAAACAGCUCAUGCGAUUGUAGGGGUUGGAAUGCCCCAAGUCCUUGGAUCAGCAUAGAGUUCUUUCCCAAUUCACAGAGUCGCAGAAGCUGGUUAACCCAAAAUGAGCAGUUUGGAGAGCAGGGAUCCCACUCACAGGUUAUGACGGCCGACAAGUUCCCAAGGUCAGCAGGCAAGACCGCAAGGUUUCUCCUGAGUCAGCUGCAGGGGCUGGCGAACCCAGGAAAAGCAAGUCGGGGAGCAGAACUCCUGCUCCCAGGCGGUGAAGAUCGGCGAAUCCCAAGAUGGACAGGUAAGCUGCUAGCUCGAGUCCCAAGAACCAGAGGUCAGACAAGUGACAGCUGCUGGACCCAGAACAAGCCAACAACCUUUGCAAGGCGAGCAGGAAAAGGAAGUAGGCGGCAGAAGGUGGAGAGAUGAAGGCUGAGGGGGUGGUGAGCCGCCACAGGCCCCCCGCCCAGUACCACUUAGCAGAUUCUAUCGUGGGGGUGAUGGCAUAUCAGAUUUCAACAGGAAAGUGAUCACAACAUUAUACAACUGCCAAAACACUGAGAAUCAUAGCCCAGCCAAGUUGAUACACAAUCUUAACCAUCACAGCACUUCACACGCAUUUUCUCAUUAAGUCUUCAUGACAACCGUACAUAUAAAAGCAAAAACCAAACGUGUUGCUGUCGAGUCAAUUCCAACUCACAGCGACCCCAUAGGGCAGAGUAGAACUGCCCGCAGGGUUUCCAAGGAGCGGCUGGUAGAUUUGAACUGCCAACUUUUGGGUUAAUAGCCAAGCUCGUAACCACUGUGUCACCAGGGCUUCAAUCAUACAUAUUGUUGUUGUUAGGUGCGGUCGAGUCGCUUCUAACCCAUAACGACCCUGUGGACAACAGAACGAAACACUUCCCAGUCCUGCGCCAUCCUCACAACCAUUGUUAUGCUUGAGCCCAUUGUUGGAGCCACUGUGUCAAUCCAUCUUGUCGAGGGUCUUCCUCUUUUUUGAUGGCCCUCUACUUUACCAAGCAUGAUGUCCUUUUCCAGGGACUGAUCCCUCCUGAUAACAUGUCCAAAGCAUGUGAGACGAUGUCUCAUCAUCCUUGCUUCUAGGGAGCAUUCUGGUUGUACUUCUUCCAAGACAAAUUUGUUUGUUCUUUUGGCAGUCCAUGGUAUAUUCAAUAUUCUUUGCCAAUGCGACGAUUCAAAAGAGACAAUUCUUCUUUGGUCGUCCUUAUUCAUCGUCCAGCUUUCUCGUGCAAGUGAGGCGACUGAAGACACCAUGGCUUGGGUCAGGAGCACCUUAGUCUUCAAGGUCACAUCUUUCCUUUUCAACACUUUAAAGAGGUCUUUUGCAGAAGAUUUGCCUAAUGCAAUGCAUCUUUUGAUUUCUUGACUCCUGCUUCCAUAUAAUAAUAACUAUUAUUAUGCCCAUUUUACAGUUGUGAAAAAUGACUCCAAAAUAUUAGGUAAAUUGCUCAAGCUCCUGCAGAGCAAAGAACUGGAAGACUCGGCGCUCCAGCCCAGUCUGCUCUGACUCCCAGCCUGCCAUCUCACACGGCUACCGUACUUUAGGUGGUGAGGGUCCUCAAGCCUCAGAAAUCGUGAUGACUUGUGCCAGUCUAACACUGUUUUAAAGCCCUUCAGCUGCUUUGAACUUUCAACAGAGUACCCUGUGUGAUACUGGAAAGCUCCCAGACGAAGCACUACAGACACGCCUUAUGAGGUGUGGGAGCCUCUCCAAGGCCUAAUAGCACCACAGCACGAAGAAUUCAGAGACGGAUACAAACCACAUCUUUGCGCCUCAGCCCUGAACAGCCGCCAGAUUUACUCAGGCCAGGCAGGGAUCCUGAGAUGUUUUUUCCAGGACCCUGGCAGUGCCCUCUCUCCUCCUUAACAAGCCAGCCUGUCAUUUCCUUCACCUCACAAAUCUGCCUCCCAGGCACCAAGACUGCUGCUGCCUUUUCCACAAUAAAUUUGGAAAAUUAUCACAGAAUGCCUCCCACGCUGGCCUGGGGGGUUCACCGGCAGGCCUUCUACCAGCAGUCUGUUCUUCAGAAACUGUUCUAAAUUCUUCUCUACCUGAGACUACAGGGAGGGGAAGAUUGGGGGUCUAAACACAUAGAAACGGGAGGUCAGAGCAGUGGGAAAUGCCAAGGACCAGGACCAGGGAACAUUCUGGCAGAAAAGUCUCCAAUGUCAUGUGAGCUGACCCCCUCAUUUUACAGAUGAAAAGGCUGAGACCCAGGCAGGGGACGGGCUGUAUCGGGGCGCACAUAUACAGGAACAGGCUGGGACAAUAACUCAGGUGUCUGUUGUUGUGCACCCUCAGGUCGAUUCUGACUCAUGGCGACCCCAUGUGUUACAGGGUAGAGCUGCUCUAUAGGGUUUUCUUGGCUGUAAUCUUUAUGGAGCAGAUCGCCAGGCCUUUCUUCCCCAGUUCCGUGGGUGAUUCGUUACUGCCAACCUUUCUGUUACCAGCCAAGUGCAAGUCAUCUUGACACCCCGGGACCUUCAAGUCUCUCAAAUCCACUUUAGUAAGCCCUGUGGCUCUGGGUCUGCCCAGCAUCCUUUCCUCUUCUUUGGACAAUGGGCUUCAUUUCCUUUUGGAAUUUCCGCUUACUCAGUGUGGUUGGUCUUGGUAGGCCCUCCUCUAGUUACGGAGAUGACCAAGGGAGACUAUUCAGACUCGUUCUCCCAGGACUUUGAAUCUAACUGGAAUGACCCAAGGGCAGACCAUAUUAGCAAGAGAACAUUCUUUCUGGAGGCUGUCCCUGGAGGCACCAACUUGUCCAACUCUAUGGACACUUGGCAUUGCCUGGGUCAAGCCCGUGUCAACCCUGGCUUCCCAGCUCCCCAUCGGUUCUGGAAACUCCCCAAGGUCCUUCCAACAAAUCCCUUUUAGGCCUAAAUUAGCCAGUUGGAGCUCCUGUCCCAUGCAACUAAAAAACCCUGAAUAAUGGAGCAUAUAAAUUUUCCCACAAUAUCUUGCUGCCUUGCUCUGGAGCAAGCCAACUUGGAGAAGAAAAAAAAAAAAAAAUGCAAAGAAGACAGGAACACUGAAAGUUAUGAUAAGGUACAAAUACAAUCAACUCCUGGGCAGUAACAUCUUCUGGGUCACAUCUCAGGGUCUCAUCAACUACAUACUUUGGUUCUUCCAUUACCUACAGAGAUAAUUUGUGCUGGAAUUCAGCCCACCGACACAGCCGAUAGCAGGUGGGCCAUCCACGCGGAGCCUCCACUCUUAACCAUGUAGAAGGACUUCGGAAUAUCGAAUCCAAAUAAACUCUGCACAGUUUCAACACACGUCUCACUUUUUGUUUUUUAAACUACCGUUUAAGAAAUGACAGGUAUUGUGCUAAGGGUUUUGUAUACACCAUUAAAUCAUCUCAACAAUUUUACGGAUUAUGCACUAUUAAUUCUCACUGUAUUAAUGAGAAAACUGGGGCUGGGAGGCCUAAGUGAAUUCUCAAAGUCACACAGCUAACAGGUGGUGGAACUCCAGAGGCCUCGCUCUGAACCGCUAGGCUGAAAUGCCUCGAAAUGACCUCAUUAACCCCCACUUCUGUGGUUCUCAAUCUGGGAACUUCCCCUGGAGUAGGGAGGCUGGAGAUCCAGAAUUUCCAGGAAGAUUGUUCUUUGAAAAGCAUGUUUAAUAUGAUUUAGUAAUUUUAAAUUUUGUAUUUGAAAACUAAAAAAAAUAACGAAUCCCACUUUUUUUUUUUUAAUACAAACCAGGACGCGUUUGAGAGUGACUGGAGCUGCUGUUAAUAAUCAAGUCUGAGCUUCCCCAGGGGAUCAGAGAGGAGACCUAUUCACGCCGGGAAGAAGUCAUCAGAAGAGAAAUUGGAGAUGACACAGAGGUGCCGUCGAGUCCGUUCCGACUCAUAGCGACCCUAUGGCAACAGAAGGAAACACUGCCCGGUCGUGCGCCAUCCUUGCAUCUGGGAGUGUGUAGAGAACGACAAUUAGACCGCACGCAGAAGUCCGGCGUUCUCGUGGGUGUCUUUGGAGGCACUUACUGGGCAUUCGAGCGCCUAGUUUAAUACACUGUGGAGGUCACCUCGGCCCGACUGGAGGGAGUGGGGCAGACAACUGGCACUCCGGACGGGUUUGCCAGCCUCAGCGCCUAGGGACCGCGGCAGACGUCGGAGGAGGCGGAAAGGCCUGGAGCUGAUCUUUUGACCAGAAGGGAAUUAAAAAGAUGCCUGCCAGUUGUGUGGAGCCUUGUUCACGGAUUUUCUGAGCCUGAUGGAUUUACAGUGAUAUUUGGUUGCCCGGGGAAUAAUGCUGGUGGAAGCAUGCUGUGGAAUUCUGCACACUCGCACAUUUCUGGAUGCUAAAAAUGGUUUGAAGACAGGUCCUUGGUCAGUUCCACGUGGAUUCCUGCAGCCUGGAUACCUGCAGGGGACAGAACCAAGCUUCCUAGCAAGGCGGAGAUCUCUGUCCUGGUCUUGGGCAGGGAUGUUUGGUUGAGUCUCUGCCAGCUUCCUCUGGGGGCACCCUGUGAAACCAGGAAUUGCUGCAGGAAGACAGGACAGACGAAGAUGAAGAUGCUCAGCUUCGACCCCCCUCCCUAAUGAGAAUCAAAACCUGAGCUGUGGGCGCUUUUUCCCUGCCCUCUGGUUUCUGAUCCUUGGGACCCUUCUGAAGAAAUGAUCCCCUCCUGCAAAUGACCUCUUUCAGGCUGAGGAGCCAAAGGAUCCCUCCAUUCCUCUUUCAUGAUGAAUUAUUUCAAGAAACUGGGAGGUGGCCCUUUUACCACAUGGAAGAGAUUCAGGGUUGCUGUGAGUUGGAAUUGACUCCAUGGCACGCAACAGCAACAAUCUUCCAAAGUCCGGGUCCUGACAGUGAAGGAAAGACCAAGGUGCAUUCCAGACUGAAGGAGACUGAAGACACGUGGUACUAAAUGGAACCCUGUACCUUUGGCAGAAGCGGGAUGGGGUCUGAUGUUUAGCUAUUCCCGUGAGCCCCACCACGGAGAGGCAGCAUUUGGCUGUAGCCAGUCGGGGAUUGUGGAGGAGAAGAAACAUCAUUGCUGGGAACAGCAGCAGACACAUGCAGGAGAGUGGAGCCCACUGCUUGGCAGACGGGAUGUCUUCUCAUUUGGCAGCUGGGAGAAGUUCUGGGACUGUCUCAACUGUGUGGAAGAUCCCGCUCCGCACCAGGACAGGCUAUCGGAAGGCAGCUGCCGCAUCUUACUCAUCCUGGGGAGACAGCGAACCUUGAGACAGACCUGGGUGAGAUUACAGCUCUGCGGCUUGAAAUGGAGUGACCUGAGGCAAGUGUCGUACUUCUGAGUUUCACAAGUAUGACUGCAAAGGCUGAUCCUCCUGCACGUUACGUGUCACCUCUGCAGAGGGGCUGGGCUUUGCUCCCCUGAAUGAAGCAAGCCCUGGGAGGUCCCCAGGGCCCAUCUGCUGUUAUUGAGCCUGGAACGCACAGGGGGUCUCUAUAGGAUGGAAGGAGGACGGGGCUGGGCAGCGGCAUUGUCCCCUAGCCCAUUAGUGCCUCUGCCCAUUGGCCAGGGGCUUCCCAGCGGCCUCUGCGGACAGCCGCUCCAGCUGGCCAGCCCUACUGCUUUGCACAAUACCACUGGGCUGAGCAGGAGGGGAACCCCUUCCAUGUGCCUGUCACUCACAGAGCGCCCGAUUGUUCCAGAGGAGCUGCUGAACCGUGGCCUGGAGAAGUGAAGGAAGACUCCAGCCUCACGCUCUCUUGGGCUUGGCGAUUUGGAGGAGAAAUGACAGGUUGCUCUUGUUUGAGUUAGAUGUGCCCCAGCCCAGGGACGCGAUGGAGUCAGCUUUCAAAAUACUCGUGCCAAGCCCACCCCCAAAGAAUCUGACUUAAUUGCCCUGAGAGGCUGGGCAGCUGUGCCUUUGGAAGCAACCAGGUGAUUCCAACAUGCAGUUAGAGUUGCGAUACAUUUGGUCAUCAGCCUUCGACCCCCCACGCCCAUACAUACAUGCAUAUAGACAUACAUGCACACGUAGCACGUGAAGACCUGGAGACAAAUCAGUCAGACAAGGAGACACCAGGAAAUGAAAGUAGGAGGGAGCCCCCAGCUAGUGCGGGCCCACUGCUGCCAGUGCUGUGCUGAUAAUGCUGCCUCUCUCUGUCCUCACCACGCCCCUGUGAGGAAGGUUCUGUAAUACCCCCAUUUUACGUACGCGGAAACUGAGCCCACAGGGGUGAAAUACCAUGCCCAAAGGCACAUGGCUGGUAGGGUUGGAGUCGGGACUUGAACUCAGGUCAGUUGUGACUCCAAAGUUCUGACUCCCAACUUGACUGCCUCUGCCUGGACCAUCAGUGGGGUUACCUGCUCUUUGGGCCUGCGACCCACAUUGGAAAUCCCACCUGGGCCCUGCCUAGAAAACUGAAGUUCCGUGUUACAUCAUUACGUUGAGCAGAGAAAACAUUGCUAUGUCUACAAGCUGGUCCAAGUUGUUUUUCGAAAGAGUUUAGGACAUUCAGUAAAUUAUUCUAGGCCACUCAGCAGGGUUUUAGGUGUUAGGAGGGUGGACUUUUAAAGACACAUAUGAUCUGGGUUUUUCUAUUCCUGUUUGAACACUGCAGGCGUGGUGGGGAGGAAGAAGAGGUCUGAUCUCACAAAGCUGAGAUGGCCAGCUACUGCCGGAUGUGCUGCGGGCCUGGAAGGCCGGGUCGCUAACACAGGACCCCACUGGUGCCCACGUCUUCCAUUCGCCAAUUAAACAUUGCGUUUCGUUGACUUUAUCCUCAAAUGCCACCACCGUUUCAUCAUUUCUCGUGUCCCAGGUCCGGUUUCUAUUUCUCCAGGGUUCCGUUCCAUUUUUCUUUUACGCAUAAUUGAAGUUUAACCUGUAACAAAUCAUCAGCGUCGUCAUUGUGGAUGGAUGCACCAACAGCACUGUAACAUCGAAGAAUGGAAACUGAUGAGAAAACCAAAUCGAUAAACGAAUCCUGUUAUGCCUGGGAUUUAGGUGCUAUAACUCAGAAAAGAUACGUAUCCAUUCAGCACUCCAGAGGGACUUGAGAGCUGUCCUUCCCUCAACAAAGCUGGAAUUUCUUGGGGUUCGGAGAACUAAGGAAUUGAUCUUUCCUGAUGACGUACGUGUCCAGAGUAAGCCAGAUGAAGUCUCACCAUCCUUGUUUCUAAGGAGCAUCCUGGCUGUACUUUCUCCAUGACUGAGGACUAGAUGGAGAUUACUGUCUGUGAUGCUUCGAAGACCUCAGAGACGCUUGGCCAAUAGACACAGCGCUGAAUCAUCCACUGGCCAUUUGCUUCUGUUCUUUGGACCUGGUUUCCCUCAGCUGUAAUUGAAAGCAGAGGACUGGAUGGUUGCCACAGUCCCUCCCAGCCGAAAAAUUGCACAUUCACGCCAGUUUAUUUUUCAGGCAGAUGAAAGUUUUUAGUUUCAUGGGAGCGGUAUUAAGAUAGUUGUCAUGGAAAGCGGAGAUUGAAGGACCUUUUGUCGGUACCAUAAUUUUUACCUGUACCACCUUUAUUUAUUUAUUUAUUUAUAUUAACUUUUAUUGAGCUUCAAGUGAACAUUUACAAAUCAAGUCAGACUGUCACAUAUAAGUUUAUAUACACCUUACUCCGUGCUCUUACUUGCUCUCCUCCUAAUGAGUCAGCCCUUCCAGUCUCUCCUUUAGUGACAAUUUUGCCAGCUUCCAACUCUCUCCAUCCUCCCAUCCCCGCUCCAAACAGGAGAUGCCAACACAGUCUCAAGUGACCACUUGAUAUAAUUAGCUCACUCUUCAUCAGCAUCUCUCACCUACCCACUGUCCAGUCCCUUUCAUGUCUGAUGAGUUGUCUUCGGGGAUGGUUCCUCUCCUGGGCCAACAGAAGGUUUGGGGACCAUUACCGCCGGGAUUCCUCUAGUCUCAGUCAGACCAUUAAGUAUGGUCUUUUUAUGCGAAUUUGGGGUCUGCAUCCCACUGAUCUCCUGCUCCCUCAGGGGUCCUCUGCUGUGCUCCCUGUCAGGGCAGUCAUCGAUUGUGGCCGGGCACCAACUAGUUCUUCUGGUCUCAGGAUGAUGUAGGUCUCCGGUUCAUGUGGCCCUUUCUGUCUCUUGGGCUCUUAGUUGUCGUGUGACCUUGGUGUUCUUUAUUCUCCUUUGCUUCAGGUGGGUUGAGACCAAUUGAUGCAUCUUAGAUGACCGCUUGUUAGCAUUUAAGACCCCAGACGCCACAUUUCAAAGUGGGAUGCAGAAUGAUUUCAUAAUAGAAUUAUUUUGCCAAUUGACUUAGAAGUCCCCUUAAACCAUGGUCCCCAAACCCCCGCCCUUGCUCCGCUGUACCACCUUUUAUACUCCGCCAUGCACACAUACUUUAAAAAAAAAAAAUAAUUUAUUAAGUGUUGUUGUUGAGAAUCUGCAAAAACAUACACCAAGUCGAGUUUCUGCAUGUACAGUUCAGUGGCCUUCAUUACAUUGAGUAGCGCAACCGUUCUCAGCCUCCUUUUCCAGGUUGUUCCUCCCCCAUUAACGUAAACUCGCUCCCCCCUAAGGUUUCUGUCUAACCUUUCAAGUUGCUGUUGUCGGUUUGUUCACAAAUACAUAGAUCUUCAAAGGGUGUAAUGCUCAAGACAGACUUUCUUUACUAGUUAAGCUAAACUAUUGUUUGGUUUUCAGAAGAUUUCAAGGGAUAUUUUUGGUUUAAGGCUUUCACCUACUUUUAAAAAAAAUACAUUUUACUUUUUGGAACUGUUUUAAAUUUAUAGAAAAAUUAUGAAGCUAGAACAGAGUGUUCCCAUAUACUCCAUACCCAGCCUCCCCUGUUAUUAAUGUGUUCCAUUAGUGGGGUAUUUUUGUUACUGUUGGAGGAGUAGUCUGCCUCGGUGCCACCUUUCCCGGCUGCCCAAGUACAGGCCUGGGGCCCAGAGCAUUCUCUGAUAAGGAGGCUGGGAAUUGGGUUGUCUUCUCUGUCCCGGUUCCUUCUCCUCAUCAGGGAGACCUUCCCGCUGUUCUGGGCACAUAGUAAAGUUCUCUGUCUCUUGCAUGUGGGCGGGCACUACACGGUACCAGGCCAACCCGACCUCUAGAUCUGUUCCUGGUGGGGAGCUAGUGGGAGUCUCUCCUGCUACGACAUGAGAGGGGUGAAUGGUGAAUAUCUGCCUGCAGUGGCCAUAUGCGGGAUGAGCCUGCUGGCCACGGGAGAGCGAUGGCCACUAGUGAAGCUGAUCUCGCUGUCUCUGUGUGAGUAAAGCAUUUACCAUGCACCGAUGAAGUGUGUGUGGACUUCGCUGGCCAUCGUGGACCCUGCCUCUACAGUUAUAAUUCAUUAGCCACUAUCGAUACAUUGUUUUUGAUUAAGGCUCAUACUUCUUUUAGGUUGACUUAGUUUUUACCCAGUGCCUUUUUUCUGUUUUAGGAUCCCAUCCAGGACACCACAUCACAUUUGAUUGUCAUGUCUCCUUGGGCUCCUUGUGGCCAUGACAGUGUCUCAGGCUUUCUGGUUUUCGUGGGCCGGAUGGGCAGGCAGGAGGGGUGCCCGGGAGCCCGAUGAUAAGCAGGCCCCUGGAUGAGAUGCCCUGGCUCCAGCUCAGGCCAGCGGUUCACUGGUCAGGCACCUGUCCUUGUUGUCCAGGGUCUAUGCCGGACAGUCGUUUGUAAAUGCUUUGACCAUUGCUUCUGUGCACGCCUAGGAUGAAGUGGGCAGUGGCCAGUCCGCAGGCCCAGGGUGACCACAUUUGAUUGUUCUAAGGGAUACCAGAAGUGGAAGAGGAGGAGGAGGGUCCUGCUCCUUCCUAGUUGCUUGCUGUUCCUAACAGGGAAGGACCCCUAGGAGCGAAGUGGUUAAGCGCUCGGCUGCUAACUGAAAGAUCAGUGGUUUGAACCCACCAGCCGCUCCAUGGGAGAAAGACAUGGCAGUGAGCUUCCAUAAAGAUUACAGCCUUGGAAAUCUUGUGGGGCAGUUCUCCUCUAUCCUGUAGGGUCGCUAUGAGUCAGAAUGAACUUGACAGCAAUGGGUUUUGGUUUCCUAACAGGGUCACCUUAGCGACAGUCCUCAUCUGGACACUUGGUUCAAAUAGCAACAGUUAGUCCAGUUUCUAGGUUCCGCAUACCCCUUUUACUGUGCCUCCCUCAGAGAUACAUACAGUCCCAGCCAGGGCUUUGCAGGGCCUGCCAAAAACCAAACCCGUUGCCAUCGAGUUGAUUCUGACUCAUAGCGACCCUAUAGGACAGAGUAUAACUGCCCCACAGGGCUUCCAGGGAGAGGCUGGUAGAUUCCAACUGCUGACCUUUUAGUUAGCAGUUGAGCUCUUAACCACUGCACCACCCGCUCUCUAAAUUUUGAUAACCCACCCCCAGCCCUAAGGGGCCUAGUUGCUUUAUGCAGCUACUUCUUUGAUGAGGUGGUGGUUCAGUGGUAGACUUUUCACUGGAAUUCUAUGCAGGAAAUUAAGGUUCGAUUCCCAGACGGUGCACCUCAUGCGCAGCCAUCACCCAUCUGUUGGUGGAGGCUUGCCGUGUUGCUAUGAUGCUGAACUGAUUUCAGCUGAGCUUCCGGACUAAGAUGGACUAGGAAGAAAGACCUAGCUAUUUACUUCUGAAAACUGGCCAAAGAAAACCCAACCAUCUGAUCUGCAACCAGUUAUGGGGAUGAUACAGAACUGGACGGCAUUUCAUCCCCUUGUGCAUGGGGCUGCCAUGGGUCAGGCGGACUCAAUGGCAGCGAACAACCACUCCCCUGAUUCCUAAGUGUCCCCCCUUUGCCUUUUUAGUUCCUAGUUCCUGGCUAAGAGUUCCUCACACGAGACUCCCUCUGUUACCUCUUCCCCUUGCUGGGCCCUGAGUGUCAGGCGGGGUUAGGUUUAUUUCCUUCUGUCUGUUUCACUGAACCAAAAGGUUGGCAGCUCAAAUCCACCAGGCGCUUAUUGGAAACUCUAUGGGGCAGUUCUACUCUGUCUUAUAGGGUCACUAUGAGUCGGAAUUGACUCAACAGCAACGGGUGGGUUUUCUUUCACUGAACUGAGCUCCAGGCCAGUUUCUAGCUUGUUGCCUCCAUAUCAUGGCCCCACCUCCCACCUGCUGCCUCCUGCCUGGAAGGCAGCCCUGCGUCUUCUGCUCAGGGUUUACUGUCACCAGCCCUAGUGCUGCUAGCCCACAACCAUGGCACCCUGCCGGGAGGUGAGGCUGCGGGCUUUCCAUGGUGAACAACUGUCCCAGGUGGGCAGUGUCUGCAGGGGCGUGCACUCGUGCGCAGUGGAAACAGCUUUGUCAAAAUAAACCCGGGCCGGGCUGACAAGGGGAAGUGAGGCUGUCCGGGGAGAAAACGUGGGCUGGGUGCUUCUCGGGGGGUUUCCUCUGCCUCAGAGCUGGCUGCUCGAGGCCUCCCACCUGGCCCCUGCCGGACCCGGAAUCGCCGGCUACUGGCUCAUCUGAGCAGCUCACAGACCAUGGAGGGUUCGUCUACUGAGCAGACACAAUUCUCCUACGAUGUCCGCUUCACCCCCCACCAGUACUACCUCCCCCAAAUAUUCCUCCUCUAAACUUACCUUUCUGGCCAGGCACGGCGACAACCCUCUCUGGUCACUGUAAUCCAAAACUUUGUGUUUCUCAGGGCGCAGUUUGAUACAUUAUAAUGACAUCGGGAACUCGUAUUGGUCGGAUCAUUAUUACGACCACCUGUAUCAAAACCUGACCUGUGGGUGUGCUUUCCGCUUUCCUCACGGUCCUCUCCUUGUUCUAAUUCAGUGCUCUUCAAAGUGGGGUGUGCAUUUUGUUGGGGAGUAAGAAAAUGUUACAACUUCUAUUUCUGUUUAUUUCAAGUUCAAGGUCCCGAUUCAUUCCCAAGUAGCAAAAUUAUAUGGUGUCCUGCAGAUAUGCUGUUUCAGGUUUUAGAGGAAGACAUGGAAGGAGAGAGGAAGGAUCUGUAACACUGAAGACAGUGAGAGAUGGCGCUACAGCGGCAGCAGCAAGAGCUACAGUGGCUUGAGGCGACAGGGACCAGGAGACCGGUGUGUGGCAGCUGCACUGGGGCUUGCUGACCCACGGAGCUAAGAACUGUAACACUUGAUGGAGAAGGCCCCUAGCAGAGCCCGGUGACAGAAGGCCCCCAGCAGGGCUCAGCCAGCAAGCAGAGGGCAAGAAGCAGCUGUCCUGAUCAAGAACUGUGUCCUGAGUUGUUCCGGUUACUUCCAAGUUGAUCCCAAUUCUGAGUUGUGCCCUGUUACUUCCCUAAUAAAUCACUUAACUGAGCCCUGGUGGUGCAGUGGUUAAGCACUCGCUGCUAAUCAAAAGACCGGCAGUUCGAACCCCCCAGCUGCUCCAUGGGAGAAAGAUGUGACACUCUGCUCCUGGAAAGACUACAGCUUUGGAAAUCCUGUGUGGCAGCUCUGCUCUGUCCUAUGGAGUCUCUAUGAGUCAGAAUCUACUCGAUGGCAACGGGUUUUGUUUUUUUUUUUUGGUAUUCUCUUUUAUAAUUGAACUUCAUCUCAUUGGGUUAUUAAUUUUUUGCGUAUGUGUAUUUUUCUUUACAAGCUAAUAUGUAAACUCCUGAACUGGUACCAUAUUUUACAUUUUGGGGUGGGAUUAGGGUCAGAUAAAGAGGAGCAGUGGUGGUUCAGUGGUAGAAUUCUCACCUUCCAUACACGAGACCUGGGUUCUAUUCCGGGCCAGUGGCCCUCAUGCAUAGCCACCACCUGUCAGUGGAGGCUUCCAUGUAGCUAUGAUGCUGAACAGGUUUUAAGACAGUCUAGGAAGAAAGUCCUGGCAAUCUCCUUCUGCAAAAUUCACCAUUAAAAACCCUACAGAGCAUAGUUCUACUUGGACACGCAUGGGGUCACCAUGAGUCAGAGUCAACUUGAUGACAACUGUUGGUUGAUUUGGAUGCCAGCUGCCUUAUUUAUGGUGGUGGCCUGCCUGCCCAGUGGUGAUGGGUGAGCAUGGUUAAUAUGAAAGAGCCUCAGCCGGUCCCAUGCCAGAUGUUGGGAGCCAGGUUUUUACUGCCUCUGGCUCUCUGGCCUUCUGUGUCAGGGAUGACACCAAAUGUGGCCGGAGCUGCAGGUCAUGUUCCACCCAGGUUCUCCAGGAUCAGAUGGAAUAGCAGCACAUCUCACUGCCCUUCCCCCACAUAUGCACCCUGGGGGUCUGGAACAGUCUGCACGUGGGCAGGUUUGUUUCAGGGCUGCUUCUUAGCAUCCCUUGUGCUCCUGUGAGAAGAUGUUGGCCGCCAUGUUAUCUGUGGUGUUGUUAGUUGCCAUUGAGUCAAUUCCAACUCCUGACGACCCCAUGUGUACCAAGCAGAACUGUUUGAUAGAGUUUUCAAGGCCGUGACCUUUUGGAAGGAGAUCACCAGGCCUGUCUCCCUAGGUGGGGUCAAACCACUAACCUUUCUGCUCGUAGUCAAGCCACUAACCUUUCUGCUCGUAGUCAAGCGCGUAAGUUGCACCACCCAGGGACUGCUAGUGUUAUGUAUAACAGUGGAAAACCAGAAAUCAGUUCAGUGUCCUGUCACAGGGGAAGGGCAGAGGAGCUGAGCACAGAAACAGAAUUCACGAUAGUCUUCUGACCAUGAAAAGCAUGGUUAAAGAUUGCCCCAUCACGGGAAAGAAGGGCAGGAUGCAAACUGUUCAAAUGGCGUGAUGCAGUAAGAACACAGAAGGGUGCCAUGAAAGGUCAGAUGAGACACCCAUGGAUCAGUAGUCAUGUCCUGAUCAGCUGACCGUGCCAGGCUGGGAGGCAGUGGAGGCUCUCGCGAGGAAACGUCCAUCUGUGUCCCUGACUCCACUAGCAGGCUCCUGGAAGCCCUGACAGCCUGGCUCCCGGGCCGGCCCUUACCACCACGACACACAAGCAGGCUUGUGCACCGACCCUUCAAUGGCAUUCUGAGUAUUUAUCGUCCUGAGCAGUCCAGAGGAAGGUUUUGAGAGAUGCCAGAGGGAAGGUACCGGAAUGUUUCAGGUGGAAAAAGCUCUGCUCCAGGUGGUGACAGCAGUGAAUGGGUGAAAGAGGGAGUGUCUGUUUGUGGGGCGCCUCACAGAUAAGGUACAACUCGAUCUCCAGCCAGCCUCCUGGGGGGAACCCUGUUCUCACCUCUGAGCUCUGGGGGCUGCGAUGAGUAUUACACAUGAGAAAGCCUCACGUCACCGGGACUGGCGAUCAGUGUUGAUGUCUGGAAUCCACGGCCUUUUCAUCCCCACUUAAAAUUCCCUGGCUCUCACAGUACCAGGGGCUGGGCUGGCUGGGGAGCAGAGCUGGCGGGCCCUGGCGAAGCUCUGAUUGUUCCUUGACUAUCUGAGGAUGAUUCAUAAUGAUCGUAGCAGAUGAGGCAAGAAGUCCGGGGCUCAGCGUGCAGCUGAUGGUGGCCUUUCCCCCAGGAGGCAAGCCUAGUCCCGGGAGGACUAGCUGGCCCCGCCUGCCCAGUUCCCAGCAGUGCGGUCAGCAAGGAGCGGUCUUUAUCGGCGGGCAGUGGUUCCGGUCUGUAUGUGGACGUCAGAGCUGCUGCGUCUGGACCAGCUGGAGGCAGGGCUCGGGGCUCUGGAUGCUGUGGCCUCUUUCCGGUGGAGGCUGUGGAAAAGUCUGAUUGCUGCAAUGUGGGACUUGUUUUAUGGAAAUUGUUUUUUUAUAUCUGAAAAAAAAAGUAAAGAAAAAAGUUAUAAUUUGCUAUAAUCACACUCAUUUUAAAAAUUGAUAAUAUAAAGAGUGAGGGUAACCAACACCACCCUGAAACCCAAUCCACUCCUUCCUGAAAUAAUCACUGUUAUCAGUUUGGAAAUUUAUGCAAACGCAGUGUGUGUACUCGUAAACCUCGCAGGAGGAGAAACAAAGCCCUGAAUUGUAGGUUUGUCAAUUUCUGUGGUGAGGUCCCACCAUGGCCGAUUUCAGGCCACCAAAAAUUGAAAAGCCAGGUGGCACAAUUCCUGAAUAUCUAACAGCUAAUUGGCUUUUGUAAGCUGGUACAUGAUCACCGGCGCACACUUUUUUUUUUUUUCUCUUGGGAAGUUGAAACUUGCAUUUUGGUGUGCAUGUGUCAUUUCUGUUUCCUGUGUCACAGACCGCUUCCAGGUCAGCACAGCAGAUCCACUUCGCCCUCCUCCCUCGUGUGCUGGGGUUUUCGUGAAGGUGCACCAUGUUGCCUCUGGAAGUUUCUUGGAAGGGCAGAGUCGGCCCCUGGGAGAGAGGGCAUGACAGCGGCUUUUGGUGUGCAUGGGGCUGGGCUGGCUCCAGCAACACCUGUCCACAUCUCAGACCUGGGGCUUUUACUUGGUGUUUACUCUAGCUUCUGGCCUUUACGAAACAUGCUGUCCUUCGUGGGACCCGCCAGAGGCACUGCGAUGAAGGCCAGUGGUGAUGCGCUUGGCUCUUCUUCCCUUUAGAUGGAACUGCCCCUAAGCAGGGCCUUUGUUCCCCUGCACCCUGCAGGGCCUCGGCCAUUUGACGCUGCGAAGAUCCCCAGCACUCACACACUGGUCAGGGGACAUCCGAAUGAAGGAGAAAGGCCCCUGAACAUUGAGGGCCUGCACACCAUAUUAGGGAAUUAAGACUGGAUUCAUCUCUCCCAAUUAAAGAAGGCCAUGGCUGCCACCUGGAUAGUCUGUUCCACUGAGGGACUCAAACUAAAGUUCAGCCACCUGGGUAGUCAGAAGCAGAUGACUACGACAAAGGAAGGCAGUUUUUCCCAAGUCCAUCUAACAAAACAUCAUGAAAAUCGAAAUUGAGGACAUUUUUGGACUUCGCUUCUUACUCUGGGGUAUCUUCGUGGUAACUGCCUUACUACAUAAAAUAAACAGCCUCCAGCUGCCAGAGGGACAGAAGUGAUGGCUCCACGUAAACUGACCCCUCCAGCAGCAGACCCAGCCCCUGAAGACAGGGAAGGACAUUUAGCUUUGCAUCAACCCCGGCCACUGACUCAUCCUGGAUGCUGUACUUGCCGUCCACAUCAUCCCUGGAUGGCCAUGGAGCCUUCUCUGGCCCCAGGCCUGAACCGGAGUGCAGGCCUCAGUAAUGAGAGGAACAGCCCAAUUUGGCUGCAUUUUUGAUUGGCGACCUCCUUCUCCAUGUGUCUUUCUCUUACUUCUGAGAAUCACUGCAGCCCUUGGUUGGGGCCUCCAUUCUUUCUAGGGAGUGUAGAGGUUAGAGUCAUUGGGACCUAGCUCCACCACUUGGUAGGUGUGAGUCCCUUGACCAAUAUUCUGAAGGCAGACUGGGUUCAGAUGCUGACUCCACUCUUCACUAGCAGUAUGACCAUGGGUGGUUACUUAAUGACUCUGCGCCUUUGUUUCCUCAUCUGUAAAAUAGAAUGCUGACAAUUGUACCUGUCUGUGGUAGAUUGGAAACCCCGGUGGCAUAGUGGCUAAGUGCUACGGCUGCUAACCAAAGGGUCAGCAGUUUGAAUCCGCCAGGCACUCCUUGGAAACCCUAUGGGGCAGUUCUACUCUGUCCUAUAGGGUCGCUAUGAGUCAGAAUCAACUCAAUGGCACUGGGUUUGGUUUUGGUUUUUGGUGGUAGAUUGGGCUAUUCAUCCCAAUUCUUCACUCCUCUGUAAUAAAACUAUACAUCCAUACCUUUGCCAUGGCCUCAAGGUGGAUGAAGUUCACCUCAACCCUUGACUUUGAUCUUGGCUAUGUGACUUGCUUUGGCCAAUGGAAUGUUAGUAAGCAACAUAACCCAAGCAAAGGAUGGAAAAGUGUGAACACAGUUGGGCUUCACUACCUGCGUACCUGUCGUCAGGGCAACAUGCCUGUGGUAGCUUCUGAUCCACAGAGGAUGAGAGACAGGGAACAGAGCUAAAGCCAGCACCUACCUUAGAGCCAAGCUUAAAUGAGCUCUGCCUAGACCAUCUAAUUCCUGCUCAUGAGUGAGAAAUAAAUGGGUAUCAUUGUGUGAUCACACGUUGUUAUGAAGCAUUUUUGUAACCAUAGUGGACUAAGUCAUCACUUCAUAGGGGUUAUUAUAAGAAUUAAGUGAGCUGGUACAUGUGUAAAGGAGCCCUGGUGGUGCAGUGGCUAAGUGCUCCACUGCUCACUGAAAGGUUGGUGGUUUGAAUCUACCACUCACUCCAAGGGUGAAAGAUGCAGCAGCCUGCUUCCAUAAAGAUUUAAAGCCUUGGAAACACUUUGGGGCAGUUCUAGUCCAUCCUAGAGGAUCUCUAUGAGUUGUAAUUGACUCGAUGGCAGUGAGUUUGGUACAUGUAUUAGUUUUGUAUUUUUGUAACAAACGAUCACAAACUCAGGGACGUUAAACACCACCAAUAUUAUCUUACAGUUGUAUAGGUUAGAUGGCUGAAGAGGGUCUCAGCCAGGACCUCAUUACUUUCUGGAAGCUCUAGAAGAAAAUCUGUUUCCUUGCUUUUUCCAACUUCUAAAAGACUAAGGUGCGCCCACCUCAAGCCAUGGUGUUUUCUAUCACCUCAUAUGCAUGUGAAAGCUAGACAAUGAAUAAGGAAGACUGAAGAAGAAUCGAUGUCUUUGAAUUGUGGUGUUGGUGAAGAAUAUUGAAUAUACCAUGGACUACCAAAAGGAUGAACAAAUCUGUCUUGGAAGAAGUACAACCAGAAUGAAUGCUCCUUAGAAGCAAGAGUGGCAAGACUUUGUCUCACAUACUUUGGACAUGUUGUCAGGAGGGAUCAGUCUCUGGAGAAGGACAUCAUGCUUGGUAAAGCAGAAGGUCAGUGAAAAAGACGAAGACCCUCAAUGAGAUGGAGUGACACAGUGGCUGCAACAAUGAGCUCAAACAUAACAAGGAUUGUGAGGUUGGUGCAGGACUGGGCAGUGUGUCGUUCUGUUGUACAUAGGGUCACUAUGAAUUAGAAUCGACUCGACAGUAUCUAACAACAUUCCUUGGUGCAUGGCCUCCUUCCUCUACUUUCAAAGCCAGCGGCAUAACAUCUCUUUAUGUCUUUCUUCUGUAGUCACAUAUUCCUCUGACUGACUCUGUCUUUUGCCUCUCUCUUCUGUUUUUAAGUGCCCUACUCAUUAUAUUGAGACCACCCAAAUAACCCAGAAUAAUCUCCCUGUCUUAAAGUCAGCUGAUUAGUAACCUCAGUUCCAUCUGCAACCUUAAUUCUCCUUUGCCAUGUAACCUAUAUUCAUCCACAUGUCCUUCGGAUUAAGAUGUGCACAUCUUUGGGGGCCAUUAUUCUGCCUCCCAAAGUACGCGUCAGACAUCCAGAACAGGCACUGUCACAUACUACAUAAAAAAAAAAAAAAAAAACC